UGCUGGAGCAGCUAGGGCGGCGAGGGGAGCGGAGCAGCAGCAGCUCAGCCAGGCUGGGGCCCCCAUAGGAAGCAUGGUGCUCCUUCCUUGCUGACUGGUGCUCCUUCCCUGCUGGCUGACACUCUGUGCCUCAGUUUCCCUGCCCAUCAGGGAGGGAGGUCUCUCCAGCCCCCACCCCUUCAUGGGCCGGACCAGGCCAGCCCCGGGUGCUGGGCUGGGCUGAGCACUGCUAGUUCCCAGGCUGAAGCCGCGCUAGGAGCUGCUGCUCUGCAACCAGGAGCUGCAGCCCCUCCUCUGCUCUGCCCCAGCUGCCCCGGAGCCGCCUGACCAUGGAAGCCACCACCUCGCUGCUGGACACCGCGGCUGUUGGGGACCUGGUGCUGCUGGACCCCCUCACCGAGGAGUCACUGCUCCGCACCCUGCAGGAACGCUUCCACCGGAGUGACAUCUACACUUACAUCGGGAAUGUGGUGAUCUCGGUCAACCCGUACCGGUCCCUGCCCAUCUACACCCCCGAGAAGGUGCAGGAGUACCAUAACUGCAAUUUCUUCGCUGUGAAGCCCCAUAUCUAUGCCAUCGCUGAUGAUGCCUACCGCUCACUGCGGGACCGGGACAGGGACCAGUGCAUCCUCAUCACUGGAGAGAGCGGGGCCGGCAAGACAGAGGCCAGCAAGCUGGUGAUGUCCUACGUGGCAGCCGUGAGCAGUAAAGGAGAGGAGGUGGACAAGGUGAAGGAGCAGCUCCUUCAGUCCAACCCAGUGCUGGAGGCCUUUGGAAAUGCCAAAACCAUCCGCAAUGACAACUCCUCACGAUUUGGCAAGUACAUGGACGUGGAGUUCGACUUCAAGGGAGAACCCUUGGGAGGGGUCAUCAGCAACUACCUGCUGGAGAAAUCCCGCAUCGUCCGGCACGUGAAGGGAGAGAGGAACUUCCACAUCUUCUACCAGCUCCUGGCGGGGGGCUCAGCUCAGCUGCUCCAGCAGCUGAAGCUUCGCCAAGAUUGCCGGCACUACAGCUACCUGAACCGGGAGAGCCCCAACCUGCCUGGCAUGGACGACGCAGCCAACUUCCGUGCCAUGCAGGAUGCCAUGAGGGUCAUUGGCUUCUCGCCCGCCGAGGUGACGGCGCUGCUGGAGGUGACGGCUGUGGUGCUCAAGCUGGGCAACGUGGAGCUGAGCAGCGGCUACCAGGCCAGCGGGAUGGAGGCCUGCAGCAUCGCUGAGUCGCAGGAGCUGCGGGAGAUCUGUGAGCUGAUCGGGCUGGACCCCGGCACGCUGGAGCAGGCACUGUGCUCCCGCACUGUCAAGGCACGGGAUGAGAUGGUUCUCACCACUCUCACCGUCCCUCAGGGCUACUAUGGGCGGGAUGCACUGGCCAAGAACAUCUACAGCCGCCUCUUCGACUGGCUGGUGAACCGCAUCAACACCAGCAUCCAGGUGAAGCCUGGAAAGCAGAGGAAGGUGAUGGGCGUCCUGGACAUCUAUGGCUUUGAGAUCUUCCAGGACAAUGGCUUUGAGCAGUUCAUCAUCAACUACUGCAAUGAGAAGCUGCAGCAGAUCUUCAUCCUGAUGACCCUGAAGGAGGAGCAGGAGGAAUACAUCCGAGAGGGCAUCCAAUGGACCCCGGUGGAAUUCUUCGACAACAGCAUCAUCUGCGACCUGAUUGAGAACAGCAAGGGUGGGAUCCUGGCCAUGCUGGAUGAGGAGUGCCUACGGCCCGGCGUGGUCAACGAGGACACCUUCCUCACCAAGCUGAACCAGCUCUUUGCCACCCACAAGCACUACGAGAGCAGGGAGACACAGAACGCUCGGCACAUCAUGGAUGCCAGCCUGCUCCCACAAUGCUUCCGCAUCCACCACUACGCCGGCAAGGUGACCUACAACGUGACAGGUUUCAUUGAGAAGAACAACGACCUGCUCUUCCGCGACCUCUCGCAGGCCAUGUGGGCCGCCCGGCACACGCUGCUGCGCUCCCUCUUCCCCGAGGGAGACCCCCAGAAGGCAUCCCUCAAGCUGCCCCCCACAGCCGGCUUCCAGUUCAAGGCCUCGGUGGCGACGCUGAUGAAGAACCUCUACUCCAAGAACCCCAACUACAUCAGGUGCAUCAAACCCAACGAGACCAAAACAGCAAUGCUCUUCACACCGGAGCUGGUGCUGGCACAGAUCCGGUACCUGGGGCUCCUGGAGAACGUGCGGGUGCGGCGGGCGGGCUACGCCUUCCGCCAGCUCUAUAGCCCCUUCCUGGAGCGCUACAAGAUGCUCGGCACCCGGACUUGGCCCCGCUGGGCUGGCAGUGACAGGGAUGGCGUCGAGGUGCUGCUGGCAGAGCUGGCGAUCCCCCUUGAGGAGCUGGCAUUUGGCCACACCAAGAUCUUCAUCCGCUCGCCGAGCACUCUCUUCGACCUGGAGAAGCGGCGCCAGGAGCGUGUGGCCCAGCUCGCCACCCUCAUCCAGAAGAUGUUUCGGGGCUGGCGGUGCCGAACUCAGUACCAACUGAUGCGCAAGAGCCAGAUCAUCAUCUCUGCCUGGUUCCGGGGCCACGCGCAAAAGAACAGGUACAAGCAGAUGAAGCGGUCGGCACUGAUCAUCCAGACGUAUGCACGGGGCUGGAAGUCUCGCCGGCUCCUCCGGGAGCUGAAGUUCCAGUGCCGCCGUCACGCAGCCGCCACCACCAUCACCGCUUACUGGAGAGGGUUCCAGGUCCGUAGGGCGUACAGGAGGUUUUUCCGCUCUGGAGCCAGGACCUGCCUGGCCAACUUCAUCUACCGGCGGCUGGUGCAGAGAUUCCUGGUGGAGCUGAGGAAGAACCUCCCGCCGCUGUCGGUGAUGGACAGGACCUGGCCACCCGCGCCUUAUAAGUUCCUGAAUGAUGCCAACCAGGAGCUGAGGAGCAUCUUCUGCCGCUGGAAGUGCAAGAAAUACCGGGAGCAGCUGACGCCGCAGCGCCGCGCCCUGCUGCAGGCCAAGCUCUGCGCUAGCGAGCUCUUCAAGGACAAGAAGGCGCUGUACCCCAAAAGCCUGGCACAGCCGUUCUGCGGUGAGUACCUGGGCUUGGCGCAGAACCCCAGGUACCAGAAGCUCCACGCCGUGGCCAAGGACAACCUGGUGAUGGCCGACACUGUGCGGAAGGUGAAUAAGGCCAGUGGCAAGACGGUGCCACGACUGCUGCUCCUCACAACUGAGCGCCUGGUCCUGGCCGAGCCCCGCGCCGCGCAGCCCAAAGCCACGCUCAGCCUGGGCGACAUCCACGGCGCCUCCGUCACCCGCUUCUCCGAUGGCUUCCUGGCUCUGCAUCUCAGGGAGACUGCCACGGGGGGGACCAAGGGCGACCUCCUGCUUGUCAGUGACCACCUCAUCGAGCUGGUCACCCGCCUGCACCAGGCACUGCUGGAAGCCACGGCCCGUGGGCUAGCACUGCACAUCACCGACCGGUUCUCCACGCGUGGCCCCAAGGGCGAUGUGGCCGUCACCGUGGUGGAGUCGGAUCGGGCAGGGGGCGACGGCCCCGUCUGCAAGAAACGGGGCAACCGCAGGAUGGAGGUGCUGGUGCACUGAGAAACCUCACCACCGGG